GUGGUAAAUGCUGGGAAUAAUGAACACUGUCCAAACACACUACAUGAUAUAAAAAGGCCAGGGUAUAGCCAGUCCAAUGUACUGUACUCCCAGGUAACUGAUCAGACAAGAUGAAGUUGGCUGUUGUGCUGUUUGCCUUAGUGACCCUUUCUGAGUGCCUUCUCAAGAUUCCUCUGAUAAAGGGGAAGUCAGCCAGGCAGACUCUGGAGGAGAAGGGUCUGUAUGAAGAGUACAAGAGGAAGUAUCGCUACAACCCCAGAACCAAGUUUAACAGCAGGGCAGGUGGUGCCAUGGUGCCCAUGAUCUACUAUCCAGAUUCGACAUACUACGGAGUCAUCGCCAUCGGUACUCCCCCUCAGUCGUUCAAGGUUCUCUUUGACACGGGAUCUUCUGACCUGUGGGUGCCCUCUGUCCAUUGCAGCAGCAGCCAGGCCUGCAACAACCAUGCCAGGUUCAACAAUACAGCAUCCUCCACAUUCCAGCCCAGCUCAGAGACUUUCUCCAUCCAAUAUGUCACUGGUUACAUGACAGGGGAUGUGGGAUAUGACACCGUAACAUUCGGUGACUUGUAUGUGACACACCAGAUCUUUGGCCUGAGUCUGAUGGAGGAUGCUUUCCUGGAUAACUUAGCAUGGGAUGGGAUUCUGGGCCUGGCCUUCCCCAACCAGCAGUCAAUUAACGGAGGUACUCCUGUAUUUGACAACAUUUGGAAACAAGGAAAGAUCCCUCAAGACCUGUUCUCCAUCUAUUUGACCAGCUCUGUUGAUGGCAGUAUGUUAAUCCUGGGAGGAACUGACUCCUCCUACUUCACAGGAAACAUCCAAUGGAUUCCCAUCUCUCAACCUACUGGCUACUGGCAGAUUCAUGUAGACAGUAUUACUAUCAAUGGGAAUACUGUGGCGUGUGCAGCGGGCUGCCAAGCUGUAGUAGACUCUGGCACCACUGAGAUCCUAGGGCCUACCAGGGACAUCAAUAACAUCAAUGGCUGGGUGGGAGCCUACAGCGAAGAGGGUCUUGUGAGUUGCAGUAACAUAAAGCGCAUGCCUGAGAUUAUCUUCAACAUCAAUGGAUUCGGCUUCCCUCUCCCAGCAUCAACCUAUGUUUUCCCAUAUGGCUCCAGCUGUACUACUGGUUUUGGCACCUGGGACAAUGAUCAGUGGAUUCUGGGUGAGGUCUUCAUGAGGCAGUUCUACACUGUCUUCAACAGAGAACAGAACUCUGUGGGUUUGGCCCAGGCUAAAAAGAGUCCAGAGUCAGACUGACACUGACAACCCUGCUGGUGCCCUGACACCAUACCCGUCUGAAAAUAAUCUCCACUACUAUGCAAUUGUUCCAAUUAUGCAAAUAAAACAAAGUUAACCUGUAUCCGAUUAAUGAUUGAUUAAGUCUAUUAUGCUGUUUUUCAAAUGUGUUGUCUGUUUGACACUUGAAAUGGAUUUUCAUUCAGAUUAACCAGAUUGUUUAUUGUCCCAUCCUCCUUAUAAACUUGAGUGUUCUCCUCUGG